UACGCGGGAAAAUAGUCCAUCUAGAAGACGCGCGUACACCUGCAUCAGCUAGCUUGGUCACCAUUAAUUUAUAUUGAAUAAUAUAAAUUACUUGCCAAUUAAAUACUCCUAAUUAAUUAUAAAUAAAAAAGUUUAAUUAUAAAAUCAAAAAAAUAUAAAAUGGCUACAAAACGUCUUCGUGAUUACACUAAAGAUAGAGAUCAAUUGAAAACAUUUUUCGAGGAAUUUGUAACAAUCGAUGAUAAAUCUGGUGAUAAAUGUUUCAAAUAUCGAGAGCAAUUAACUAAAUUGGCUCAUCGUGAGCAAGUUGCGCUUACCAUUGAUCUAGAUGACAUUCAUGAAUUUGACGAUGAGCUAGCAGAGGCUAUUGCCCAAAAUACUCGUAGAUAUGUUAAUUUAAUAAAUGAACUUGUUCAAGAAAUCUUGCCUGACUACAAAGAACAUCCGGUACCUCCAAAAGACGCUCUAGAUAUUUACAUCGAGCAUCGUUUGCUUAUGGAAGCAAGAAACAGACACCCCGGCGAUCAAAGAGAUCCCAGGAACAGAUAUGCGCCUGAAUUAAUGCGUAGAUUUGAGGUUUAUUUCAAAAACUUUGACAACGCCAAGCAGCUUUCAGUGCGUGACAUAAAGGCCAGCAGUAUUGGAAAAUUAGUAACUGUCCGUGGUAUCGUAACAAGAUGUACUGAAGUAAAGCCGAUGAUGGUAUGCGCUACUUAUACAUGCGACCAAUGCGGUGCCGAGACUUAUCAGACAAUCCAAUCACUCAGUUUUCGACCUCUUGACAUGUGCGAGAGUGAUGACUGCAAGAUAAAUAAAUCCGGUGGCAGAUUAUAUAUCCAAACAAAAGGUUCGAAAUUCAUUAAAUUCCAAGAGAUUAAAAUUCAAGAGCACAGUGACCAAGUUCCCGUUGGUCAUAUUCCCAGAUCAUUGACUGUUUAUUGUCGUGGCGAGACAACACGUCACUGUUUACCCGGUGAGCAUGUUAUUUUCACGGGUGUAUUUUUACCAAUUGCCAAGACAGGUUUUAAUCCAAGCGCCGGCGGUGCUCUGCUGAGCGAAACAUUUUUAGAAGCCCAUCAGGUCACAACGUUGACUAAUUUACAGACUGCUGAUGACAGCAGCAAACAAUUGACACAAGAAGAGCUGGAAAGUUUUACCGGUGAUGAUUUUUACACAAAACUUGCAUGUUCUAUCGCUCCGGAAAUUUACGGACUGGAGGAUGUAAAGAAGGCGCUGCUGCUGCUACUCGUCGGUGGAACGGAUAAAAAUAAAGGCGACAUUAAGAUCCGCGGUAACAUAAAUAUUUGUUUGAUGGGUGAUCCUGGAGUUGCUAAAUCGCAAUUAUUGGGUUUCAUAACUCGUCUUGCACCGCGAUCUCAGUAUACGACUGGUCGUGGAUCAUCGGGAGUCGGUUUGACAGCUGCUGUGCUCAAAGAUCCGCUUACAGGACAGAUGAUGUUGGAAGGAGGUGCGCUAGUACUUGCUGAUCAAGGGGUAUGUUGUAUUGAUGAGUUUGACAAAAUGGCUGAUUCAGACAGAACUGCGAUACAUGAAGUCAUGGAACAACAGACAAUAUCAAUCGCCAAAGCCGGUAUAAUGACACGUUUGAAUGCACGUGUAUCAAUAUUAGCCGCGGCAAAUCCAGCGUACGGUAGAUAUAAUCCUAAGCGGAGUAUUGAACAGAACAUUCAACUUCCCGCGGCUUUACUGUCACGUUUUGACCUUCUCUGGUUGAUUCAGGAUCGUGCGGACCGGGAUAAUGACCUUCGUUUAGCUCAGCACAUCACUCAUGUCCACCGUACGGGCUCUCAGCCUGUCACCGAGACCGAGGCUCUGGACAUGAAUUUAAUGAGAAGAUACAUCGCGCUCUGCAAAACAAUUGACCCUGUUAUCAACCCCGAUAUCACUGAUUAUAUCGUCGAUUCUUACGUCGAAAUGCGGAAAGAAGCCAGAAACAGCCACGAUAGAACUUUUACAUCCGCAAGAAAUCUUCUUGCUGUUCUCCGUCUGUCAACGGCACUAGCCCGUCUGCGUUUGUCCACCGAGGUACAGAAAGAAGACGUCGCCGAAGCAAACCGUCUUGUUGAGAUGUCCAAGUACUCUAUCAAUCAUUCCGAAGUACAGAAUGUCAAUAAGGGUGUCAGUACUGCCAAUAAAAUAUUCCAGCUGAUCAGAGAAAUUGCCGGUGACUCAAAGACUGUAAAAGUAUCAGAGAUUCUUGAGAGAUGUACCAACAAAGGGUUUAAUCAGCAUCAAGUUGAUGACUGCAUCGAAGAGUACGAAGAGUUGAAUGUCUGGCAAGUAAAUCAAGCGAGAACACAAAUAACUUUCCUAUAAAUAUCAUACACUUUAUUAUAAUUAUUAUUAAUAUUAAGAAAAAAAAUAUUUUUGCAUUUAAACUUUUUUGUCAUUUUUUUUAUACAUUUAAUAUUAAUAAUAAAGUGAUUUUUUAC